AAAAUAAAAUAUUAUUAGACCAUUUGCCUCAAAAAGAAGAGUAAUAGUGUAACUAGAAAUGUCUAUAAAUUAGAUUGAUCUUCACCAAUAAACUCUCACCAAUUCAUAAACAUAUUAUAUCAAAAUUAGUUAUUAUUAUUAUUAUUAUUAUUAUUUAUUUGUAUGAAGCAAAAGGGCAGAGGCUUCAACCAUAGAUCAAGAAGCUUUUCUCGAUCUCGUCGAGCCAUUGAGGGUUCUUAAUUAAUUACAAUUAAUUUUCAUUUUUCUUUAUUUCUUUAAAAAAAAAAAAACCAAAAAUAUAAAAUUAUAUAAGUAAUUACUUUGGAAUAAUUAAUAAAAUCCAAAAUCAAAGACUAUAAUUAAAAUGGCUUCUGCUGCUGCCCAUGUGAAUAAUGUAAUUAUUGAAGAACGUGAAAUACAAAAGUGUUACUGGAAAGAACACUCUGUAGAUUUAACAUUGGAAGCCAUGAUGCUUGAUUCUAAAGCCUCUGAUCUUGACAAAGAAGAAAGACCAGAGGUAUUAUCUUUGCUACCACCGUACGAUGGGAAAUCGGUGGUGGAGCUCGGUGCCGGAAUCGGUCGUUUCACCGGUGAAUUAGCUCAGAAAGCUGGCCAACUCAUUGCUCUGGAUUUUAUUGAGGAUGUCAUAAGAAAGAAUGAAAAGAUGAAUGGACAUUACAAGAAUGUGAAGUUCAUGUGUGCUGAUGUUAUGUCCCCUGGUUUGAACAUCUCUGAUGAAUCAGUGGACUUGAUUUUCUCAAAUUGGCUUCUCAUGUAUUUAUCUGAUCAAGAGGUGGAGAAAUUGGCAGAAAGAAUGGUGAAAUGGUUGAAGGUUGGUGGGUUUAUUUUCUUCAGAGAAUCAUGUUUUCAUCGAUCUGGAGAUUCUAAGAGAAAAUAUAAUCCCACUCAUUACCGUGAACCCAGAUUUUAUACUAAGGUAUUCAAAGAGUGUCACACUAAGGAUGAAUCAGGAAAUUGCUAUGAACUUUCUUUGGUGGGCUGUAAAUGUAUUGGAGCUUAUGUUCGAAACAAGAAGAACCAAAAUCAGAUUUGUUGGACAUGGCAAAAAGUGAGUUCUCAAGAUGACAAAGAUUUCCAGAAAUUUUUGGACAAUGUUCAGUACAAAUGUAGUGGUAUUUUACGUUAUGAGCGAGUUUUUGGACCAGGUUACGUGAGCACGGGAGGCUUUGAAACAACUAAGGAAUUUGUGAAAAAGCUUGAGCUUAAACCUGGUCAGAGGGUUUUAGAUGUUGGGUGUGGAAUUGGAGGAGGUGACUUCUAUAUGGCUGAGAAUUUUGAUGUUGAAGUUGUGGGCAUUGAUCUUUCUGUUAAUAUGAUAUCUCUUGCUCUUGAAAGAGCCACUGGGCUUAAGUGUUCUGUUGAAUUUGAAGUUGCUGAUUGCACCAAAAAAACUUAUCCUCAUAAUUCAUUUGAUGUCAUUUACAGUAGAGAUACCAUAUUACACAUUCAAGACAAAUCAACAUUAUUCAAAUCAUUCUUCAAGUGGUUGAAACCAGGAGGAAAGGUUCUCAUCAGUGAUUAUUGCAAGAGUACAAGAACUCCUUCAAUAGAAUUUUCUAACUAUAUUAAGCAAAGAGGAUAUGAUCUUCAUGAUGUAGAAGCAUAUGGACAGAUGCUUAAGAAUGCUGGAUUUGAAGAUGUCAUUGCAGAAGAUCGUACUAAUUUGUUCAUUGCAGUUCUGCAACGGGAACUCGAUGUUGUCGAAAAGGAAAAGGAAGAAUUCAUAAGUGAUUUUUCUAAAGAAGACUAUAAUGACAUAGUUGGAGGGUGGAAAUCUAAGUUGAUUAGGAGCACAUGUGGAGAGCAGAGAUGGGGUCUCUUCAUUGCCAAUAAAAAGUGAAAUAAUAUUUGAAAAUUGCCAUUAUAUUUAUAUAUGGUUGGUUUGAAUUUAUAAAUUUCUAAUAAUGUUUGUACUAUCUUUCUAUGGGGUAUGUACCCAUAAUGCUUAUGUUUUCGGUGACUGGGUAAAUGCUUUUAUUAUCUGUUAGGCUUCGUUUGGUACGAUAUGUUAUACUGUAUUUUAUUAUAUGGUAUAAUAUUAUAUUGGAUUGCAUUGUAUUGUAUUAAUAUUAUUUAAUACAAAACUAUAUUUGGUA